GAAACUUUUGAGACUCUCCUCCCGCUGGCCGACGUCCUUUCAUUGACGGUUACCUCAAUCAGUCCUAUCAGAAGCUGUCGGCCACCAUCUCUACUCUCUUCUCCUACCCUGGAAUCUCUUCUUCCGCACAAUGGCUCAUCGAAUAAUAACGCAAGUCGUCUUCUCUGGCGCCCGAAUAAUAGGGCGCGCAGUCACCGAAUCCUAUCGCCAGGCCGCUGCGUCGCAAAAAUAUGCAGCGGCAAAUGCAAAGAGCGGCAAUGCUGUCUUCACGUCAUCGAACAUCACAAUGGACGAGGCCUGCAAGAUCCUCAACGUAGGGCCGUCGAAGAUGGGUCAGAUAGACAUGGAGAUCGUCACAGAGAGAUUCAAGCGGUUAUUCGAUCUGAAUGAACCGAAGAAGGGUGGAAGCUUCUACCUCCAAAGCAAGAUACUGCGGGCAAGGGAGCGGAUCGAACGAGAAGUUCGGGGAUACCAGGAGAUGGCGGAACGAGAAAAGGAGCUCAAUUGGAAGCCGAAGAUUUACAAGGAAUGAAGCCGCAUACGUUCCCCAGAACGACAUUCACUCUGCGCGGAUCGUCCCCCGCCGAUUGCAACCUCUAAAUGUCCGGAAGACUUUGUACCUAAUAGUCGCUGUCGGCUGGGAUCCUGUUAUAUCAUGCAUUAGGACGGCGUUGGGUUACUGGCAUAGCGUCUGGAUAUUGUUAUUGCUUGAAGCGGAGAGCAGAGUUGUCCUAACUGCACCUCGGAGCAGGAUCCAGGUACUCUGCACCAUAUCUCCACUCUCCGAUGUAUAUACCUCGUACCAAUAGUUUCUUCUCUUGGCGUAUCUCGACUGGCAAGAACACGCCUGUAGCGGCUUAGACAUUAUUUUAGCUCUAUACUG